GCCCCGCCCCUCCGGCUGUGGGAAACCGGGCCCCGCGGCCGGCCCGCUCCCGGGAGCCUUCGCAGGGCAAGAUGGCCGCGCCGGGAGCCACAGUGGAGGCGAGGGGCUGCUAGGGCCGCACUGCCCUGGCAUUGAACGUCUUGGCUCUUCUCGCCCUGGCCAUGGGGACCUCCCAGGAGAGCCUGUGACCUGCGGUCCCCCCGGCAUUUCGCUGUUGUGACCUGGAGCUUCCCGGAGGGCUGCAGGGGAAGCGCCUCCUGGGCGCUCUGACGGAGGCGCGAGACCAGUGAAGCCGCCUCCCCGGUCCCGGCAGCGCGACCCUGAGCGCUCCAUGCCUGCGGGCGCGGGGAGGCCCGGCCUCCCCCCGGGCCGCCGCCUCUGCUGGCUGCUCUGCGCGCUCGCCUUCCAGCUCUGCCAGGCAGAGGCCCCGGUGCGGGAGGAGAAGCUGUCAGUGAGCACCUCGAGUUUGCCGUGCUGGAUGGUGGAAGAGUUCGUGGUGGCAGAGGAGUGCACCCCGUGUUCUAAUUUCCAGGCUAAAACCACCCCUGAGUGUGGUUCCACAGGGUACGUGGAGAAAAUCACGUGCAGCUUAUCUAAGAGGAAUGGGUUCAAAAGCUGCCGCUCGGCUCUGAUGGAACAACACUUAUUCUGGAAAUUUGAAGGGGCUGUCAUGGGUGUAGCCUUGGUCUUCGCUUGCCUUGUCAUCGUUCGUCAGCGACAGCUGGACAGAAGGGCUCUGGAAAAGGUCCGGAAGCAAAUCGAAUCCAUUUAGUUACCUUCUACCCUCUUAUCUGGGCCUUAAAGACCCUCCUCCGACAGAGAAAGCAGAAUGGACUUAUUUGUGCCCCUGGUAUUUUGGGGACUGGGAGAACAAACAAACAAAAAAUCCUUCCAUCUUCCUUGUCUAGGUCAUUGAUGAGCAGAAUAAAAAGAGUAAAAUA